GCAGGCCUUGCUUAACCACUUUUUAAGUAAGCCUGAUAAAUAAGGGGAACAAUACUAGUUAGCUGCAACGAUAAUCAUGUCGAAUACCAGUCGUCGCGAUAUUUGGGUGCCCAGUCCCGCCAUUAUACUGCAUCAGAUGCAAUCCAACGAGGAUGUGUCCGAUGAAUCAACUCUGGAAUACCAUGAGGAAUCCAACCAGGCGUGGCGCGAACAGUAUAUGGCCAAAAACGUGGCCAGAAUGGGAGUCGGUUUCGAGUUCGUGAACUCAACCUCUCGCUACAUGAGCUCCUUGAGCAGCACCCAGGAUGACGAUACAGAGAACCACGUGAUUGGAUACUCCUGCCUGUCCUACCGCUGCCGCAUCUGAGCUCCAAUGAAUCCGGACUGGAGGCGCGAUGCCCUUAAUUGUGGUAUUUUAUAGUAUAAAAUUAAGUUGCAUUUCAUCUUGUUUUGUUUGCUAUCACGAAUCGAAAGACCUUCGUCUAGGCUCUCUGAACCUGAACUAACAAUAUGUUUGUGGUAUCAAUCUUUUGGAUUAUUGUUCGGGCUUUGAAAACCUUUUUCGGACCAACGACAAUUGAUUGUCGGUUGAUUUGCAAGUGAGGGUUCGCAGAUGCUUAGUUUAGCGCCGGGUUCAAGUUCAAUGUAAAGCAAACAAGUUUUUGCCAAUUGCUCGUUAGUUCGUUUUUGCUGAAGGACAAUCUAGCUGGCGAACUUUUGGCCAUAUAAAGCCGUAGACAUAGUUUGAAAUCAGCAUCAGUCACUCGUCGACUUCAAACCUCCUCAAACCAAAUCAACAUGUUCCGCUUCAUUGCUAUCUGUGCCCUGGCCACCAUUGUCGCCGCUGCACCGGGAUUCAUUGAGGAGCACCCCGUGGCCGUCGCCCCAGUUGUGGCCAAAGUAGGUGCCGUGGUGCACAGUGCCCCACUGGCCACCUCCCACCAGAGCUUCACCCAGUACCACAACCAGGCGGUGCUCACUCCCGUGGUGAAGCAUGUGGUGCCAGCUGUUCCCGUGAUUAAGACUGUGGCUCCAGUGGUUCCUGUGGUCAAGCAUGUGGCUCCCAUCGUGCCCGUGGUCAAGCAAGUGGCUCCCAUCGUGCCCGUGGUCAAGCACGUGGCUCCAGUGGUUCCCGUCAUCAAGACUGUGCCCGUGGUGCACCACCAGACCUACGUCGCACCCGCUGUCCACCAUGUGGCCGCCGUGCCCGUGGUGAAGGCUCUACCCCAUGCCGUCUCCCACCAGAGCCACACCCAGGUGCACCACCAGAAGACCAUCAUCACCCCGGUGGUUGCUCCUGUGGUCAAGACUGUCGCCGUCGCCGCUGCUCCAGUGGCCCAUGUCUACCAUCAUUAGGAAACCUUUUGCUUGAACGGAUUGUUAUGAUUGCUUCUUUGAAUAAAUUUAUUUGUUGAUCGU